UUAAAUAAUUGAAACCUUAUUACAAUAUGUUGAAAAAACUCGGUCUAUUCUCGCUUAUCCUAGCCAUUGCCGCAGCUACUGAAGUUAAAAAAUGCUCUGACAAUAAACCCUUUCCAUUGGAGGUUCGUGUGCUGAAUUGUGAGGUACCACCGUGCGAUGUUAUCAAAGGCGCUGAUAUGAUUUUCGAAAUAGACUUCUAUGUGGAAAAAUAUGUGACGAAAUUGACAACACUGGUGAAGGCUACCACCUUCGGGUUAACCGUACCUUAUGAAUUACCCGAUGAUGUACGCGAUGUUUGCUCUAAUCUCCUAUACGGCGCCUAUUGUCCACUCUAUGCCACAGAGGAUGUCACCUAUCAGUUUGUGUUUCCAAUUGGCAAUUAUCCAGAGAUCAGCGUUAAAGUGGAAAUCGACCUCGUCGAUCAGGAUAACGAAGUAGCUACUUGCUUUAAUUGUAAUAUCAAAGUGAAGAAAGGUCCAACUAGUAAUAGCACAGUUUAUGAAAUUGAUUAUUGAAUUGUUGUAAAAAAGCCUUUUAAAAUGUACAUAUCUAUUUCAGGAUUAAAUAUU